CGAUUCAGUUUGGAAUCAGUCAGUCUGCAUUCUCUGCCACGGUUAUCGAGAGAACAGACGACCACUAUCAAUCUUCCCGUAAUUUGAAAGAAUCUUCUUGUGCCGUGUUCAAGAAGUGUUAUCUCUACGAUAGCUACUGUAGUGUUAACUUGUUAGUUCGAAUCUGCGUCUAGUGGGUUAAGUAAGAAUCUGUUCAUAAUGGCCGCAAGUGCAAGGUUAUUCUCUCAAAUUAAAAAUGGUUUCGUUACGGGCGUUCGGUUUGUAAGCUACGAGUCGACUCGUAAAAACUUGCAAUUGAACGGAAAUUCUAAAGUUAUCUGCCAAGGGUUUACCGGUAAGCAAGGUACCUUUCAUUCCCAGCAAGCUCUUGAAUAUGGAACCAAACUGGUUGGAGGAGUCUCCCCUGGCAAGGGUGGCCGUAUGCAUUUAGAUCUGCCAGUGUUCAACUCGGUGAAAGAGGCGAAAGCAGCCACCGGCGCGGAAGCUACGGUGAUAUACGUUCCGCCACCCGGUGCAGCGAAAGCCAUAAUGGAGGCAAUUGAAGCGGAAAUGCCACUAAUUGUUUGCAUUACGGAGGGAGUUCCGCAACAUGAUAUGGUCAAGGUGAAACACGCCCUGUUGGCCCAAAACAAAUCACGCUUGGUGGGACCGAAUUGCCCAGGAAUCAUCGCCCCAGAGCAAUGCAAAAUUGGCAUUAUGCCCGGACAUAUUCACAAGCGUGGAAAAAUUGGCGUUGUUUCUCGAUCCGGAACGCUUACUUACGAAGCUGUACACCAAACAACUGAAGUUGGACUCGGUCAGACCCUUUGCGUAGGCAUCGGAGGAGAUCCGUUUAAUGGUACAGAUUUUAUCGACUGUUUGGAAGUCUUCUUGAAGGAUAAGGAUACCAAAGGUAUCAUUCUGAUCGGUGAAAUCGGUGGUGUAGCCGAGGAGAAUGCUGCUGAUUACCUAAUGCAAUACAAUCAGGUAUUUUCGAUUUGUGAACAAGAAAAUUGGUUCGAAAAAUUAUUUUCCUUUUCUCCGGUACAGGGAAUCAAAGCUAAACCAGUAGUUUCGUUCAUUGCUGGUUUAUCUGCUCCACCUGGUCGUCGCAUGGGUCACGCCGGUGCUAUCAUUUCUGGAGGUAAGGGUGGUGCCCAGGACAAGAUUAACGCGUUAGAGAAAGCUGGCGUUAUUGUGACAAGAAGCCCCGCUCAAAUGGGCAAAGAGUUGUUCAAGGAAAUGAAGAGAUUGGAACUUGUUUAAAUAAAUGACUUCCAAAAAGGGGAACUCGCAUCUAGAUAGUUCGUUUCUUAAUUUGUUUUUACCCGAACCAUUAAAAAUAUCGAAGCUUCGUCUUUUUUCAAUAAAACUAGCUGUUCAUCUUAUAGAUGUUUCCAAAAACCAUGAUUGCAUCCCCAUUUGAUUUUUGUCAAAAAAGAAAGCAGCUUUCAAUGUUACCAAUAAAAAUAACUACUUUUGAGAAAUAAUUGCGGCACAGUACCAAGAGACAGGUCUAGUCUUUUUUAAGAUCUAAAACCGUAAAACGGAGAGCACAGAUAUAAUAGUUUUAUUUUUCAAUAUCAAUGUGGAAUACACUGCGUAGACCUAUGAAACGUAUUGGUGUGAUAUCAAUGGGAUGUUUGAAUUUACUUAAUAUUUUUGGGAGUGUUACAGCCAUGUUGAUGUAAUAAAAUAAUUGUUUAAUAGUGGUAGUUAA